AUGGCGACGCUGACCUGCGAGCUGCGGCGGGCCCCGGCCCGGACCUCAACCCUGGCCCUGGCUCCGGCUCCGGCCCCGGCACCAAUCCCGGCCCCGGCACCAAUCCCGGCCCCGGCACCAACCCCGGCCCCGACACCGGCCCCGGCACCCGCCCCGGCCCCGGCCCCGGGCCCGGGCNCGGCCCCGGCACCAACCCCGGCCCCGGGCCCGGGCCCGGCGCUGCCCCAGGGCUGUGAGGACGUGGAUGUCCUCACUGUGCUCCGCCUGAGAGACCGAAUGAAGGAAAAACUCGUGGAGUACAGGGCGGCCAUUCAUGACGGUCAAGAUAGUCUCCCUGAUCACGUAAUUGAAGAAAAUUACUUUCAGAGUGCCGCACAGGAUUUGCAAAGAGUUAUGGAGGAAGUAAAAGUCGCUUUCCAGAACAAGAUAUUGGCCUUGCAGAGGAUCCAGAUUAUGGAUGCCCUGAGAAACAAACUGAAGCAUGUUGAUGAUGAGGACUCACGUCUGAUCCUGGAAACUGCGAAACGCAUAGUACUACUCAGCCAGACGAUAAUUAAAUAUCAGGAGCAAGUACAACAGAAGGAACAGCAGUUUAUUGACAUUAAAAGGAAAAGACUCUCAUUAAAAAAAGAUGGAGAACAGAAACUACAGCAAAUUCAGACUAUGAUGAAAAGGCAAAAGGAGAAACAAGCAAGUGUGAAAGUCACUGAAACAAAGAUGUUUGAUAAAUUUAAAAAAGAAAGAGACAUGACUGCAAUAAUUCAAAAUGUGUUCCAGAACAUCAUAAUUGGAAGCAGAGUUAAUUGGGCAGAAGAUCCAUCUUUAAAGGCAAUUGUUCUACAGCUUGAAAAAAAUGUCUAUCUUCAGUGAGUCGGGAGAAGUAGUGUUUAAUUUUAUAAUGUAUGUAUUUUAACUAAACUUGAUAGAUUAUAUGUAUCUUAAAACCACACUUCAAGACUUUUAAAAUUUAACCUUUCUGAAAGACRUUGUUCUCUCUAGAGAGUCAGAAUUUGUCCAAGCAAUUCUUUGAAAUGCUUCUCUUCUGGUAGACACCAUUUGAACUGGGUAGUGCAGCUGAUGAAGUGAAGCUACUCUGCUAUAUGUGUGAUAAACUAUGAAAGAUUCACUUCAUAGCUGUCCUGUGUCAAGUGCUCCUCUUGCUCUGAAGGGCAAAAAUAACACAAGAAAAGUUUCAUGUAAAAGUGGACUCUCCUUUUCUGGGGAGCAGCGGGCUGUGGAGCUCAGGCAGUCUACAGCUGGGAUUAUUUUUGAGGCAGUGUGUAUGAUUUUAAAUACCACAAAUGUUAUGCUGUUUGUAGCAGUUACUCUUGUCUGCAGAGGUGACUUCAUACUGUCAACUAUGCAGCUAAGCAGUGUUUUAAUUACAUAUUUUCAUUAGCAUUUGUGCUUUUAUUAAUUGUUGUUUCUUUGAUAUAUGAAAUUAACUCCUGGGAUGUAGCAUGUUUCAGGAGUGUGUAGUGUCUCUUUUUAUCUUGGCAUGUAUCUUUCCUUUUAACUUCAGCUAUUUUUUUAGGCCUUGACCUAAUAAUAAAAGU